AUGGCGAACGAAAUCAGACUCAACACCGGAGCUAAGAUUCCAUCUGUUGGUCUAGGAACAUGGCAAGCCUCUCCUGGCCUCGUCGGCGAUGCCGUCGCCGCCGCUGUUAAGAUCGGAUACCGUCAUAUUGAUUGCGCUCGGAUCUACGCCAACGAGAAAGAGGUUGGAGGAGUUUUGAAAAAAUUGUUUGAAGACAAUGUAGUGAAACGGGAGGAGUUGUUCAUCACUUCCAAACUCUGGUGUACUGAUCAUGAUCCUCAAGAUGUACCAGAGGCACUAAACAGAACUCUACAAGAUCUACAGCUUGACUACGUCGAUCUCUAUUUGAUCCACUGGCCUAUAAAGAUGAAGAAAGGUACUGUUGGAGCUGAGCCAGAGAACCUUUUGCCAGUAGAUACUCCUAGCACAUGGAAAGCAAUGGAAGCACUCUAUGAUUCGGGCAAGUCACGAGCCAUAGGUGUAAGUAACUUCUCGACCAAGAAACUAGCUGAUCUCUUGGAAGUAGCUCGUGUUACUCCUGCUGUUAAUCAGGUCGAAUGUCAUCCUUCUUGGCGACAAACUAAGCUCCGAGACUUCUGCAAUUCCAAAGGGAUCCACCUCACUGCAUACUCUCCACUGGGAUCUCCAGGAACAACGUGGCUCAAGGGCGAUGUUCUGAAUAAUCCGAUACUGAAGACUGUUGCGGAAAAGCUCGGGAAGUCUCCUGCGCAAGUUGCACUUCGCUGGGGACUCCAAAUGGGUAACAGUGUACUUCCCAAGAGUACCAGUGAAGGAAGGAUAAGAGAGAACUUUGAAGUUUUCGACUGGUCAAUACCCGAUGACUUGUUCGCCAAGUUUUCAGAGAUUGAACAGGUUAGGUUAUUGCAUGGAUCCUUCUUCCUUCACGAAACGCUGAGCCCUUACAAGACUCUCGAAGAAUUAUGGGAUGGGGAGAUAUGA